ACCGGACAGAGCGAUCAUGGCAUACGCAGGCGUGCCGUGUUAGCAAAACAGUACACUCGGCUAGCUUAGUAACUCUCUCGAUAACAACGAUACGUUCUGAUAAAGCGAGCCGUUGUGAGCUGCGGCGGACACCGUGCUCACCUGCGUUCCAGCGAUCAACGGCGCGACAAAGGACUUCAUCCGUUGUUUUGGCCGCAAGCAUCGGCUAGGCGUCUGCUAUCAGGCACUGCAAAGCAGGACGCCUAACAGGAAGUGAGGUCACGUCCAGCGGGAGGAUGAUCACUUUCAUCCUGAUGGUGAACCGCCAGGGUCAGACCCGUCUAUGCAGGUACUACCAGCCGCUCAAGCUGAGCCAGCGCACGGCGCUGGAGACUGACGCGGUCCGCUGCUGUCUGAGCCGCGGGCGAGACCAGUGUUCCUUUGUGGAGUACAAGGACUUCAAACUGGUGUUCCGCCAGUACGCCGCCCUCUACAUUGUAGCAGGUGUCACCGACGACGAGAACGAGCUGUCAGUCUACGAGCUUCUGCAGAACUUUGUGGAAGUUCUGGAUAAAUACUUCAGCCGGGUGAGCGAACUGGACAUCAUGUUCAACCUGGACCGAGUCCACCUCAUCCUGGACGAGAUGGUCCAGAAUGGACACAUCGUGGAGACCAACAGGAGCAGCGUUCUGGCGCCGCUCACAGCUCUCGACAAGAUGGCGAACGGCUGACGUGCUUUUAUUUUGCAGUAGAGAUGGCCCGACAUGUCUUAAUGUUGUGCUUAAUUUAGCAGCAAAAAACAUCAAACACCUUUAUUCCCAGAGUCUGAAUAAUUAAUAUAAUUAAUGUGCAAGUUCACUUCCUACCUUGUUUACUUACGUGACGACCUCCUUAAAGUUUUGUAAUCAGUGUUUGUCAUUUUUCACAUAAUGCAUUGCAAUGGAUUUAAAUGGGUGUCAUUUUGAAUUGUGUGCUGUGCUUGGACGUUUUGGACAACAUCUACAAAGUUAAGUGAGCAGGUUGUGUUGGGUUCGGUGUUUUUUCUGUGCCAUGAGUGGGAAAGCUUGUUUGGAUUCGUCGCCCCCCGGUGGCCUCCCCCAAAGAAGACCAGUGCAGCUUCUUGCUACUUUGCAAACAUUUUAAUGAUCUUUUUUUGUCGGAGCAAACACAUUUGAAAAUAUCUGUCGAGUUGAAACUGCAACUUGAGUUAAAUAAAUGUUUAUAAUAUACAAAGAAAAUA